GUUGCCGAGGACGUGGCAAUUGCCUUCGGCUUCAACAAACUUCCCAAUUUUCCUUCACCCUUCCUCUCGGUGGUGCCGAUGCGGGCACUGUCCGACCGCCUUCGCAAUAGCAUCUGCCUCUGCGGUUACACAGAGACGCUGACUUUCGCUCUCGUCUCUGCUGUUGAAAAUGCCGCCUUUUUGGGCCGAGAGUCGCCUGCUGCGGCUGCUGAGGCUCUCGAUCCGACGCAGUGUCAGCUGCGCCCCGCGCCAGUGCGUUUGGCGAACGCGAAGGCGCGGGAAUUCGAACAAGUGCGAACGACUCUCAUUCCUGGCGUCCUGAAGAGCAUUCUUCACAACAAAGGAAGGAGAGAGUUGCCUAUCAAAUGCUUUGAAAUCGGAGACGUGUGCGUGUUGGACUCUUCGACUGCCACUGGCGCACGAAAUCUGCGGCACUGCUGCGUGGCGAUUGCCGAUGAAUGUUUCUCUGGCCUCGAGGUCUUUACGUGGCGCCGGCAGCAGCAGGAGGUCCACGGCGUUCUGGACGUGGUGGUGCAAGAACUGCGAUUCACAGGAGACUACAAGAUUGCCGAGUUGGAGGCAGGGGCUGCUGCUGUUGCGUCUGCUGCUGCUGCUUCCGCUAGUGAAGAAGCUGGUUCUACGUCUGAAUCACGUGCUGCUGGCGCUCUUGCACUUUUGAAGAAAGUUCUCGAUCGGUCUCUCGGCAUGUUCAGAUUACUGCCUUCGAAGGGUAAAGAAGCCAGCACCACA